AUGAUGCACGUUAUUAUGGAACGACAUGGCAGCGGAAGUUCGGAGCAGGUUUCCCGUUUUCCACUUACCAAGGCUAAGGCUGGUCCCGAUGGACGGCCAGUCAUUCGUUGUGCUACGCUUCUCAACUUCCUAAAACGUGUGGCAUUAACGCACAAUUUGCAGUUUACUCCAUGCUCAUCAGCAGAGGAAACUGCCAAUCAUAAUGUUGCAUGGCGCUUGGAUUCGGACUGUUUUGCGGUCCAAAUUUGUGUCACCAAAGCUGCACCAAUGGAAUUUGAUGGUCCUACAUUCGUUCCAGGUGCAACCAAUUUUGAUGAACUGGUGCAUUCACUCGAACUCGUUUCGGAUCUUAAUGCGGGAAAGUUUGAGUCAUUGGCACAACAUAUCAGAAACCUGAUGACCAUUUAUUCCAUCCCUGGAAGCAACUUGGAGCGUGUUCGCGCUUACCUGUGUCUACAUGUGCUGGAACAGGACCUGUCAUUGCUCAGUCAAACUCAACGGGCUGACCUCACCGAAGCAGAACGGAAUGCCGCCCUAGCACUUCGACCUUUGGCUAUACACACCAUGGAUCCGGCUGAUCGGCAAAGAAUGGUGAAUUCGUCCAUUGUUGGUCUAUUCCUUAAACGAAGCGGCGGUCGUUUGGCUAAGCUUACCUAUCUGAUCACUUCGGCACAAACAGCUAUGGCCAAAGCAACCGAACAACACAAUUCAGCAGAUGGGCUUUCGCGAUCCACAGGGUUUGUCAAUGAACCUGAUGAAUUAAAGUGUGUGGCGCUAGAAGCUGAAUUGGUCCUCUACUUGGAUCCACCGAUUCCACUUCCGACGGAGGCGGUGCGUGAACUAGAGCGAAUUACCGGUUUGAAGAACACCGAGUUGCUGGACAAAGAUGAGGAUGAUUUGACACGGUUGAUUUUGGCGCAACACAAUCAACACUAUUUGUAUGGAAUCAAUCCACAUAUUCUUCUACCUAAUUAUACUCAACACUCGUACGCCGUUCGGUCCCACGUACGCGGAUUCCUAGUCCGCACCGUUCCUUUCACCUGUUCCAACGAAUUGAUGACGUUUCGUUUUGAUAUCGAAAUCUCAUCCGGCGCACCCCUUCAUGUCUCUUUUGAUCAUCCGUGCGAUCCCAGUCGACGAAUUGAUUUGUCCAUCCAAAUUGGUCCGUUUGGAGUUACCCACGCACAGCUGAAUGACGUUUUCCUGGCUCAUGAUACUCACUAUCUUACGGUUUCUAAUUUGGAUCCAACGGAAAUAUUCUUCCGUUCGCAUUCCUUGCCCGUUGGUCUUGUCUGGUUGCUACUUCGUCUAGGUUGUCCAGUACAGAGAAGUCUUAGGGUUUUGGAAUCAUCACGUUCACUUUCCGCAUUGAACGAAACCUCCCGGAACCAUCGAUCCGGGUUCGCUUCAGGUCAUCAGCUGACCACUGCCACAAGACUGGAACAACUUCGGGCUAUGCUCAGUCGUGCCAAAUCUCAUGUGCUCAUACAAGGCGCCACAGGGACGGGGGGUAUCCUAAGCGGAGCGGAUCGUUUCGCGGCUCCGGAGCUGGACACUCCCUUACUUCAUCCGCUGCCGACUAUGCCGUCACUCAGUGCACGAAGCUCGCUGAGGCUGCCUCCCUUACCCCCGGGAGUGUUGGCUACUACACCACCAGUCCUGCCACACACUGAACACAAUAGUAGUCUGGACUUAGUGUCCAACGUGUUGUCGACCGUUCGCGGGAGUGAAUCUUCAGGUCGGCCGGUUCCCUCCUCGGGUGCCCCUUCACCGUCCGUAAUCACUUCCGGCUCGCGUGGUCUGCGUCUGGACGAUCUUUUGAUCGGCAAUGUAAUCCAGCAGUGUUUUGCCACGUCUACAACGUCUAGUACCACGUGUUCUUCAGUUCCCGUACAGUCCAUUUCAACAGCUGCUUCCACUAUACCAGCUAGCGGUUUGGCGGCGGUGAAUGACUAUCCUCCUAUACCUGCUAAUCCGCUGCAACCAAGCAGUUUGGUUUCGCAAUCCAAACUUGUUUCAGCAAUGCGGGAGUUCACACCUGAACCGCUUGCUUCCCCGGGGCUUUGUAGCACUGUAUCACCUAAACAGUCGAUGACGGUGAUCGGUCCACAAUCGGGUCAUGGCGCAAGCAAUCACAUCAAUGCGGCCAAUACCUGCCCUCCGUAUUCAUUACAGGGCAGUUACGGGUCACGACCCGGUGGAGUAUCUGUUAGCACGGCUAAUAUAUCUAUUCCGGGAACGUUCACGCAAAGCUCACCAAUUAUCAGUCCGCUUCUGGGUGUCAAGCCUGGCUCUGCAACUAACACGAACUCCAAGACAUCUGGCAGUGGCUCGAUGCUUGUAAAUUUGUUGAAUGAGGACCCUAUGCCUCCUGCCGCACCAUCGCUAUCACAAGCUGCCCAUUGCGGACCAUCAUCUCGUGUGGCUCCUCCGCUUACCCAACCCCCUCCCGGGUUAUCCAGCUACUCGGAUUUGACCAGGGAUCCCUAUGCGUUGCCCGGCACGACUGGCUCAAGUCGGUUUAUUUCAUCGCCUCAAGACAAACUCUCUCCUCUAGGACCAGGGAAACUCUCCGGCUCCACAGCGACACCGCUUUCCGGUGGGCCGAAUAUGCUUCCGGGUGUGGUUCAACAACCUAAACCAGUGGGACUUCACUCUCCACGUAGCACUGGGAGCUUGAUGACCAGUUCGACAGCAGCCAAACCACGAUCAACAACAGAUGCAUACAAUCUCCCCGGUGCUUCUGAUACAACGGUUUCCACCACAGCCAUCAUGUUGAAAAAGACACGUAAGAGACGACGAGCUGGCGCGGAAAAUGCAACUGUCACUCCAACAUUCAAAUCUAGUUCAAGCGCGAAUACUGUGCCAGGUGCUGGCGUCCUUUGUGCUCCGGCAUCCGCCAGUAGCACGGUUCCCGUGAAACAUUCGCGUAUAGACGCCGCUACGGUUCCACACGGUUCUCUUCAUCGUAGUACAUUUUGCGGCGGUAGCUCUGGUGGAAGUGCCGGUAAUUUUUCAAUGACUUCCUCCUCUGCUACAAUACCUUCCACUAGCGGUCACUCGGGUGCAAACGCCACGGCCUCAGGCAAAUCUGUGUACGAUUUUGAUGACAAUCCUAAUUCGUCGUUUGAUAUACCUAGUUUACCGCAAAACAAUUCAAUGUCAUCAACCGCCUACCAGUCUGGUUCUACUGCGAACAUCAAUAAGUUGACCACUCCGUCGUCCACAUAUGUGUCUGGUCAAACCGCAUCAUCCAAUACCGUUUCGAUUCACCCACCAAACCUCGGUCCGUCCUCCGCAAUGAGCACUACGUCAAUCGGCCCCGUCGCAGAGCGAACUGUGGAACGGAAAACCAGUUUGAAGGUUACCAUUAAAACGCUGCCACCCCAACAACCAAACAAUGCGUUCACAAAAACUACAAGUUCCGCCGAAGUGGUUCACUCUACUCACUCACCAGAUAUCAAAUCCAAACAUUCUAGUGGAGCGUCUGGAGUUUCAGGUCUAAAAAAACACAAACGUCCUUCGGUUGACGGGAAACCGUCUUCCUACAUGCUGCAAAUGUUACAGCCUCCCACAUCCACGAGUUCCAUUCAUUCGGGAUCAUCCUUGACAGGGGUGAAAUUGUCUAAACCAAAUACGGCUCUUAGUCACGCGAACUCGAUUGUGAAAAAGGAACGCAAACGACGUAUGGCACACAUGAUGACCGAGCGUAUCCCAUCCGCAUCAGCCACAGGCAUGGGCGGUUCGAUCCACACCGGGGACUCCUCAUCCACGAAUAUGGACUCGUUAAAACUGAGCAAAGCAAAUCGUUCACGGGAGAAUAGUGUCGAAAGAAUCCGAAGCAAACCCAUACAAGCCACCUCGUCUGGUGGCCCAGAGCGUGGUGGUCCUUCUGCUUCGUCUAUGGCUGUACCGGGGCUGAGUGGGACAACGAUUCCGAGUAGAAAAAAAGUUACCUCCUCUCCUCUGUCCACACCUGGAGACGACAGUGGUGGCAUUCGACGCCAACACUUAUCUUCCACUGGAACUCCUCUACCUCAUAUCGAUUCGGUGGAAAUAAAACGACGGAAGCACGGUGAUGGCAACAAACAUGCCAUGAGUUCACAACUCAACCUAUCUGGUAGUUCCUUGUCUGAGUCGGACGAUAUGCUCUCUUUAUCUUCAGUCACGUCUGAUUCGGGCUCUAUCAAUAUGGUCACACUAAAACACAGUGCCAAGUCCUCUAGUUCAUCGUCCGUUUCCGGGACAAUGAAUCCCACAACUAAUCGUGCUGGAUCCGGAAACACGUCUAACUCCGGUUCCAAAUCAUCCGCCAUGCCCUCGUACUCAAUGGGGUCCCAGGUUUCGGCAAUAUCCAACUCCGGUGUUGGUGUCACAGGUAACACUAGCGGAACUUCAGUGGGACUCAUCAAAGGGUACAAAAUACCGAAAAAGAAAACAACCAGCCAAUCGAAUUCAAUUACUCCAUCCAGUGGAAUGGGAAAAUCCGAAACAAAUACACCUAGUGCGACCAGUUCAAAUUCAUCGGACGGUGGUUCCAAAACAAUAGGCAAAAAUUUACAGGCGGAGCCAGUCAAAGAGAACUCCGAUUAUUCAGGACAUCCGUCAAAUCAAAAUUCUGCCAACCUUUCCGGCUCGCACCUAAUCAAAGCGCAAACGGACACUCCGGCUUCACCAACCGAGGCGUCUACACCGGUACCCCCUACACCUCCAUCGGAUUUGACUAGCAAAAUUAUCCCAAUAUCCCCAACCAGUGCAAAGCGAAUGGGUGCCAAUCAAACCCAGAUUGUCCCCGCUAGUUUGCACUCUGAUCGUCCCGGCUCCCAGUCCCGUGGGUCCCUAAUCUCCCGGAAGAACCCCACUUCAGCACGUUUUCCCCGACCCACUAUGAGUAUGGGCGGGUCACAUCCCCAUGGAGUUCCCGACAGCUUCAUGCGUUCCAUGAGUAACCAUCCGCGUGGUGCUCGUCCUCCUAGAGCCUUCUCACAUGGUAUGCAUCGACCGAAAGCAGGCGCAUUUAAAGGACAUGGUAACUGGCCAAGUGGACCUGUCGAUUUUACUGGAUCUGCUCCUUCCUCAGGCAAUGAACCUCCCGGCCCCGGAGGUCCAAUGCCACCGGGCCCUUGGCGGAUGCCUGGUGGUGCAUCUGUUCCUGGAACCUCUGGUGGUGGGGGUCCGCAACAACCGUACAAUCCUUCAAAUCCACCUCAUGUAAUGCCUAUGCACGGUUUUCCGUCGGGUGGAUCGCGCCCAAUGCAACACCCGCCUGGUGCUUUUGGAGGUGGAGGAAGCAUGUACGGGGGAUCCAUGUGA